GCCAGACUUGCAGACAAUAUAUAACCUACUGCAUGUUCUAAAACGCUUCCCACUUUCACAGAGCGAACAUCAGGCAGAGCAGAGCCGCGGAGAGGGAAGAAGUCCUGCGUGCAGGGCACACAGUGGUUCCCAGAGAGGCGUGGGAAGAUUCACACAUUGUGCCCCUCCAUUCCUACAAGGAACCAUCUUCAGGCACCCACCACCAUGUCCAAGGAUGACCUGGGCUGCAAGCUGACCUCAGUCUACAAGCACAAGGAGAGGAAGCCGAAAAAGCCUCACUACAUCCCACGGCCAUGGGGUAAGCCCUAUAACUACAAAUGUUUCCAGUGCCCAUUCACCUGCAUGGAGAAGUCCCACCUCUACAACCACAUGAAGUACAGCCUGUGCAAGAACUCCCUCUCCCUCCUCAUUGAGUCUGACUGGCCCUAUAAAAAGGGCAAUCUGCUCCACCCAGAGCUGCGGCUCCUGCACGCAACCGAGACCUCCCGCCUGCGCGGGCGGCAGGACGAGCAGGAGAGAUGUGACUCCUCGGCCACGUCGGGAGGGUUGGUUAGGACCAAGCAGGCCUCUGGCAGGGACGGCCACGAGGACAAGCCAAUGUCAGGGGUGGAGAUCCUGCCUGCUGAAGGGGCUGCUGAAGACGGUGGCCUGUUCCAAGAGGAGGAGGAGGAUGUUGCUGGCCUGUUGAGGGAGAUGGAUGCGGGGGAGAAGAAAGAGAAAAACGAAGAGACAGGUUGCCAAGGUGACCCAGCUGAACCAGAAGUGAACACUUUGGUCUUCGGUUUCAAGAACAAGAGGGACAAGCCUUGCAAGGAGGUAGAGCCCGACUUCAUCAUCACGGAUGUCUUCUCCCUCAAGAACCAUGUCAUGAAAAGCAGGGAAAUGGCCUCCCCAGACCUAGAUGCUAAGCCAAAGCAUUGCAAAGUGCCAAAGAAAUGCCUGGCCAGCAGCGGGAUCCUCAUGGAGCAGUGGAAGCUGGUGGCAAAUGGGCAAAGGAGGAACACACCUGAGGUCUCCCCACCUUGUACUGACAGCAACAUCAUUCCGUGCUACCCUCCUCCAGCCUACAGUGAAUACCACGAACCUCAGGGCCUCAACCUCUCACUGUUGGGUAUUAACUACCCAUUAAACCCCAGUCUCUUCUCCUACCUGAGCCCCACCAUGGCCAACAAUCCUACGACACACCCACACUUGGCUCAGCUGCCCUUCCUGGCCUCCACGGCCCAGCUGAUGCACCCACAUGCCUCCCACUUCCAGCCUCUGCAGAGCCCCGAGCGGUCAGCCUUCCUUCCCCGCUUCUACUACCCCUUGCUCUUCGACCACACCUUUGGCUCCACUGAAAGCAAGAUGUCCUCCAGCAAGCCAGAAGCCCAGCAGCUGGUGGGCUCUGUCAUGCCCACGCCACCCCAAGCCAAACCUCCCAGUGAGCCAACCAAACCAGGGCUGCUGAAGGUACCAGUUCUGAAGACAGGUUUUCCUUGGUCCAAAAGUGUCAGAGAGGAGCCAGCCUCUGAGCUCAGCCAUCCUGUCAUGCUGGGGCAGGAAGAAGAGGAGAAAUGGCUGUCCCAAGAGAAGGAAAGCAACCCAGCUUUGGGCCUCAACAACCUACACAAAAAAACAGCCACUGACCUCUACCAAAACAUGGUGGGGAUGAAGGAUGGCGCUUUCACCCCCAGCAGCAUCCGGAAGACAGAGUUACCGGUGGUGACCUGCCUGGAGACCAGCAGCCCUCCAGGCAACUCCCUGAAGAGGAAGUUCACUGCCAAUGGGCUGGAUUUGAUGGGACCCGAAAGGCUGAUGCCUGGAAAACCCAGCUACCAGAACAGUGGUUCAAGGGCCAACCCUGGCCACAUCCCCAAGGUCCUGGACCACUGGCACACAGAGGUCCUCGCGGGCCAGCCUGAGGAACCGGAGAGGGGCAAUGACACUGCACCUUCUGGGGGUGCUGGCCUGGGCCAUGGCCUCUGCAAGCAGAGCAGACCCCAAGAGACUUCUGCCACCAUGACAGACUCUGAGGCAACAACUGCGCUUAUCGGGGACCUGUCCAAAACCUUAGAAGAGUACCAAGAGGUGGAGAAAAAACUAUCUGAUCUGGCAAAGGAGGACACCCCUGGGCAAAAGGAGCUGAGGGACCAGCUGGUCAAAAUUCGAAGGGAGCUCUACCACAUCCACCAGGCACUGGAGAAAGCCACCAAACCCCAUGAGGGGCCUCUGGACCUCUCGGUGAAGAGAUCAGCUGAAGGUACGGAGAAGAUCCAGCAGGCCAAGAAGGAGCCCUGCAACACGAGCCUGGGAAGUGAGAAGCUCCACGGCAAAGACGAAGGGGCCCUCAACAAAUGUGUGGCCACUGGGGAGGCUGGAGAUGGGGAGGGACUGCCAAACUGCCUCCUCGAAGCCGAGAACAAAACUAUCGACCUGCUGAUCAAGAUGAGCCGCUCCGAGAGCCUCCGGGCGUCUUCCUCUGAGGUCCACCUGGGUGCUGUAAUCAAGGCUGAGGUCCUGCCGCUCACCAUGCCCCUGGAGCUCCGGCACGUGAUGGAGCCCUACUAUAGCCGUACCACCAAGUGCGAGGCAGACUCCAGUGUCCUGCUCUGCUCCGAUGGCCGAUCCAGCACCACGCAGGUCCCUCAGCUCCCAGUGACCACUGAGGAUGGGCCCCUGGGCUGCCGGGCCAUGCAGCGCUCCCUGUCCUGCAGCCUUCCUAGCGAGACAGACACGGUGUGUGUCCACAGCCCUCUGCAUGCUGACCCCUAAGUCCACCUUGCUCGAUAGCUCCUGGAUCUCAGUGACCACCUCAUGCUUCACCUUCCUCGUGUCCCACCUCUCCGCCCCCCCUUCUUCCACAUGGAUGAAAGCUUAACCACUGCCUGCCUGGGGCCACGUUGAGUGGGGUCCCAGCUAGCUCCCCCAGAUGAUUCCACAAGGUAUAAAAAAACAGUCCCUGUCCUACCCCACCAUCAAUGUUGGUGCUCCUGGGCUCUGCAUGCUCCACAGCCUCAGCUCCCUGGUCCUGGAGCUCCAUUAGAAAGCGAAGUCACUAGCAGGCAAAAAAAAAGAAAACUGCUAAAAGCACCAGGCUUUCAGCAGAAGGCUCAUCCAGCCCUCUCAUCAGAGUCACUCAGGGACUUACAACCCAGUUCCCGUGAUCUGUGGGUAGGGGAGGGACCACAGACAGGGCAUCUGCAAGGCCAAGCCUCGGUCCAGCCAUGGUUGUGCUCAGACUGUGGCUGUCACCUUGUGCAGAGCAAAGACACGGCGGCUUCGCCCCAUGGUGUCUUGAGGGUCACAGAACAGAACUGUAUGCCCAGCUGGACUGAUCCAGAGGCCAAGGACUUUCUACACUGUGGAGACAAGAACAGCCUCCCAGCCACAAUGACAAGACAACACAGGAGCAACCUUGCCACAGCUCCACACCUGGGUCCUGAGCUCUCCUGCCAAGGGCAUUUGCCAUGUGUGGGGACUGCUGGGCUGUGGGCACUUCUUGCUGCCUACUGGUCCUCCAGUGUCCGGCUCCUUCUUUUGUCUUUACACAAAAAGGACCUUCCCUCCCUCUGCCCCAGUGGCCUCUCCCCAUGCAGAUACGAUGCACGUUCCUAACAAAGGCCCCAACCCUGCAGACUACGGCUCCUAUGAGCUCCUGUGCACUGGUCCCAAUCCUCCAAAUGAUGACACAUGGGACGGCAAAACGGGUGAGAUGAUGCUGCCACAAACCCCGCUGCUCAAGGGGCAAAGGCCUUAAAAACAACUGUGAAGGGACAAACUUGGCCUGCCCCAAGUUGGCCACCCCUCAGCCAGAGCACUGGAGAGCCAACCGUCCAGGCAGGGGCCUGCUGCCUGCGGGAUGAAUGCUGGCCUCCCCAAAAGGCCGUCUUCUCUCCGUGCUCGCCGGGGGCUCUUGCCUCUGUUGGGCAGGCUGGUACCCACCACAGGGCACUCCCUGUCCCCUGCCACCCUGCUGAGCGGCAUCUGCUCUGGCUCACCAUGUCCCCAUGCUUGGACCAGGAUUUCUUGGACUCCCUUCCACUGUGGCAGGUACAAUGUGCUCUCCUCGCCUUGGAAAAUCCCAACACCCGUUCCUCUCCCAUCCACACACCUUGUUCAGGAGAUGGUGGGGUCUCCUGUUAGCACCAAGGGUCUUCACUGGCUUGUUCUUUGUGGAUUUUUCUGUGGCUUGUUCUUUGCGGCUUGUUCUUUGCAACGAGAAGAGCCGGGAUGGGAGCAGGAGGACAGGACAAAGAGGACAGCAAACAAAGCCACAAAUAAGAGACCUACCCAACACAGCAAGGGAGCUUCAGAUGCUGGCUUUUCUCUAGACACAAAGUAGACAGUCCUACUGCGGGUGGCUGAAGAAGGCAAGCCCACACAUGGGACCUGGGACUCCUAAGUACUUUGAUGAACAAAGCUUCCAUCUCAUCAAAGGAGUUUAUUUCUCACUCAAGGAUUUUGCUUAGGACACACAAGCCUGUGGAGUUAUUGGUCUCCUCUCUGGAGAAAAGUGUGGGGUGGGGAAGCAUUCAAAGGGAGAGAUGCUCAGCCCAGCACCGUGGUCCUUUUGAGCCAGCUCCAGAUCUUCCUGAUGGGCCACAUCCUGCUGCUUCCCAGCAUGGCACUGGCCCCACAAGGCUCAACUGGAAGUCAUGAAACCCAACCAGAACAGACGCCAGAGCUUGGGUGCAAGAUCCUCUAUCCCAGAGCCCAGGGGAGGUGGUGUCGGGCCUUUCUUUGUGGGUUUGAAAAAAGCUGUCAUCUUUGGAUGCCAUAACAGCAUCAGCACAGCAGCCCCCUCCAUACCAAGCACUUUGCUCACAUUACCCACUCCCAACAGCCUUCAGCCUCUUCUCCCACCCUGUGCACCUCUGUCAUCCACCCCUUCCCAGGUCCCUCACUCAACACGGCCCUGGCAGCCGCUGUCCCCCACGCCAGCACCUCCCCAUUCCCGUAUCUCAGGGCUCCCUACUGUCCCCUACACCAGCUCCUCUGUGCAUCUUUGAUGCUGGGACCCUCAUCCAGUGCACAGCAGGGCACCCAUAGGCACAGCCAAGAAGCUGGAGCCCCAUUUUCCCAUGACAUCCUUCCCUGCCCACCCAGUUUUUACUUCCUCUGAGGAACAAGACAACAUGUAGGUCCUUCCACCCACUCAGGAGCCCCAUCUCCUCCCCACCCUAGGCAUCGCGCUGUCUUUCUUAGCAAAUCUCCAUCUGAACUUGGGCACUUUGGAGGUCCAAGACACCAGAGGGGCAGCUGAGCUCUGUGACCUGCAGCCCUGGGUUUCAGCAGUAAAUCCAUGCCCAGACUGCCAGGCAGUGCUGCCUUUCACCCCUUUUUAGCUGAGAUAUUGCCUGUACACAAGUCACCUCUCCCUCCCCAGUCCCUGACCCCAUCCUGCCACCCUGAGCUGGGAUGCUGCCCUGCUCCGUGGUGCCCGCGCUGCGAGCAGGCAGCUCUCCCGUGAGCAGAGCCAGUGCCAGCAGCCACUGCCCCAUCACUCCCGGUCCCCUCCUCUGCAGAAAGCCCGGGGGGGGGGGGGGCAAGUGCGAGGUGGAAGCUGAUCACACAGUAUUUAUUGUUCACAGUUUUACGAAUGUACAAAACAAAAAUCAAACCA